AAAGAGAGAGUGGGAGGUGAGACAGAGGAGAACAAAGAACAAAAUAAAUAAACACACCCCAAGCUUUCCUUUUAUCUUUCCAUCUCUCUCUCUCUCUCACCUUCUCUCUUUCUUUUCUUUCUCUGCAACUCCCUUGUUUUGAUGUGAUUCUCCACCAUAUCUCCCCAAAAACCUUAUCAACCUUUACAAAAGAUACAAAGCUCAAGCCACCAUGGUUUUCUCAUCUGUUCCCGUUUAUCUAGAUCCACCCAACUGGCAACAGCCACCAACUCAGCAACCUGGAGUUACUAGUGAUAAUCAUCAUAAUCCUCAGCUUCCACCACCGCCACCACCACCUCAAGUUGGUGGUGGUGGAGCGGGAGCUAUUAGGCCUGGGUCAAUGGCGGAACGAGCCAGGCUAGCCAAGAUACCACAACCUGAAGUAGCUCUCGAGUGCCCUCGAUGUGAAUCGACGAAUACUAAAUUUUGUUACUUCAACAAUUACAGCCUUUCCCAGCCUCGUCACUUUUGCAAAACCUGCAGACGAUACUGGACUAGAGGUGGCGCUUUAAGGAACGUGCCGGUUGGUGGUGGUUGUAGAAGAAACAAAAGAAGCAAAGGAAGUAAUAGAUCAAAGUCUCCAGCAGUAUCCGAACGCCAAACCGGGUCAAGCUCAUCUUCAAGUACACUUGCUUCAAAUAGUUGCACUGAUAUGUUAGGCCACAUGACCCCAGCACCACCACAAUUGCCUCUAUUGCCCCCUUUACAUCAUCUUGGUGACUAUAAUUCUGGUGAUAUUGGAAUAAAUUUUGGGGGAAUUCAGGCUCAGGUGGCUGCGGCGAUAGGCGGCACCGGUGGUACUAGUGCUAGUAACAUGGAUUUUCAUAUUGGAACUAGCUCAAGUGGUGGUGGGUCAAUGUUAACAAAUGGACUAGUAGAACAGUGGAGAUCACUGCAACAAGUUCAACAAUUUCCAUUUUUAUCUAGUUUGGAGCCUCCAGCCGGGUUAUAUCCGUUUGAAAGUGAAGGUGUGGAGGCACCAAGUUAUGGUGGUCAGCUUCGGUCUAAGCCAUUGGAGAGUGCGAUUACUCAGUUGGCAGCUAUUAAAAUGGAAGAAACUCAUCAUCAAGGGUUGAAUUUAUCAAGGAAUUUUUUGGGAAUUUCAGGAAGUGAUCAAUACUGGGGUGGUGGUGGUGGCAAUGCAUGGACUGAUCUUUCUGGUUUCACCUCUUCUUCCACCAGCCAUCUCUUGUUCCAUCAAAGAGAAAUCAACUCAUAGAUAAGGAUUUGGAAUGAACAACUCUAACUUUUGCCAACAAAAAAAAAAAUUCAAGUUCCAACCUGAUAAUGAUGAGAAAGUUGAUGACACCACUUGGGAAGGAAUGGAUCGAAUGAAUUACUCGUCAUGAUCACUCCCUUGAUCUACUAAAACAAGACUUUAGAAAAAUGGUAGACUUCUACUCUCGAAAAAUUAUUUGCUGUUGUUCAUUUUUUUGUUGUUGUUGUUGUGUUCUCCGAUUGCAAUUCUCUAAGAAAAAAUUAAGUAGGUCUAUGUAAUCCAUGGAGAGAGUUUCGGUAUCUGACAUGAAAGAGAUAGAUUAUUGUUAUAGUUGAUGAUGAUCAAAUGCUUUGUACUAAGUGAUUUCCCUUGAUAUUAUGUGAAAAUGUAUCCAUUUUUUUGGUUUUCUUCA